AUGGUUGAGUUUCUCCGACGCAGUGCGGAUCUGCCUCGGCUGACGAUUACUCUUGAUCUUAGGGGGGUAGGAUCGUAUGAAUAUGAAGAUCAUGAACCUAUCAGCGAGAAGCAGGAAAUUCAAACUUAUUUGGAAUUAUAUACGCCGCUUGUCAUGGAGUUUGUACCGCUACGGGCACUCAAGGAUUUCUUUGUCCAUAUCAGCACCCUUCCGAGUUGGCGUGAUUGUGUGGAGAACAAGCAUGCGUUAUGGGAGAGGAGGCUGGAGACGAUGGUUAUGGGAAAGGAGUAUCGAAGCCCAGAGAGGGUGAAGCGGGAUGUUUUAUGUGCAAUGGCAUAA